AUAGUUUUAGCUGAGAAUGCUAGAAUGCAAAUAAGAAUUUAUGAAUUAGAACAAAGAAUACAUGCUUUAAAUGCUGAUAAAGAUGAAUUGAGAAGUAGAAAUGAGGAACUUGUAACUGAGAGAAAUCAAUUUGAAGCAGAUAAUAUUCAGAUUCAUGCAGCAAAUGAAAAUUUGAUGUGA